GACACAUCUAGCGGCUAUUUCCAUCUCGUGUAGGGCGUGAUAUUGACAUUUGCUCAACGACUGACUCAAUGACGCCAUUCGCCGGCUUGCUUUAAACUGUCUCUGCAUCCUUCUUUGUCUAGGUAUUGAUAUUCGUACUGGACUUCGGCAAUUCCACACUCGUCAAACCUAUCUCGAAAUGUCUCCAUCCUACCAUGCCGCAACGCACGGCAUUCACGCUGAUAACCACGUAAACGCCCUCACCGACAUCGCCCCUCCCAUCCACACAUCCACCACAUUCCGUUAUCCCCGCAACCCAGAUGAAUUGGAACCUGUCCCUGAAGAGGGCGAAUUUGUCGAUCUAACGACACCUCUCAUCUACUCUCGUCUUGCAUCCGCAAACACCAAUCGCCUCGAGACCAUCCUAGCCCCACUGAUUUAUCCCAAUGCCAAACAGGAAGAGUUGGGAGGCAGUGAAGGACUGGCAAACCAUGUUGUCAGUUACUCGAGCGGAUUGAGCGCGUUCCACGCGUUGCUCGUCAAUGUUGUGCCCAAAGUCAUCGCGAUCUCUGGCGGCUACCACGGAUGUCACGGCGUGAUCGACCUACACAAGAAGAUGCACAACGUGAAAACAGUAGACCUCCACGCCGACGACGCAGCAUGGGAUGCCGCCGGUCUUGGAAAGGGCGAUAUUGUGCAUCUCGAAACUCCGCUGAAUCCCACCGGCGAGGCCUUUGAGAUCAAAAAGUACGCCGAACGAGCUCACAAGCGAGGUGCAUUUCUCAGCAUCGACUCCACAUUUGGACCGCCCGGUUUGCAGGAUCCGUUCCAGUGGGGAGCAGAUGUAGUCAUGCACUCUGGUACGAAGUACAUCGGUGGACACAGCGAUAUGCUCUGCGGUAUCCUCGCCACAUCUACUUCAAAGGAGGGGCUGAAGAUGGCAAAGACGCUCCGCGCUGAGCGCAUCUUCCUCGGCGCAGUGCUAGGCUCGCUAGAAGGCUGGCUCGGCGUGCGCAGUCUGCGGACCAUGGAACUCCGCGUCCAACGUCAGUCUUCAAACGCUACACAACUCGUCUCCUGGCUCAACGACUCCCUCAACGGAAAGACCAGCGACGCGGAGCUCGUGAAGAAAAUCGUCAACAAAGUCUCACAUGCGUCCCUCCAGGCAGACGAUAUGUCGUGGCUCAAGGAACAAAUGCCCAAUGGUUUCGGCCCCGUGUUCAGCAUCUACACGCAUAAAUCAUCCCAGGCACGAGGUCUGCCAAGCCAUCUACAGCUUUUCCACCACGCCACGAGUUUGGGGGGCGUGGAGAGCUUGAUCGAGUGGCGGCGCAUGUCAGAUUGUGACGUUGACGAGACGCUUUUGCGUGUCAGUGUUGGAGUGGAGAACUGGGAAGACCUGAAGAACGACUUUUUGUCUGCUUUCAAAGCACUGGCAGACGGUGCGGAGAAAGAGGACAAGAGUGGCGAGGGAGGGAAUGUAGCGGUGGGGCAGCAGGGGGCGGAGAUGCCUGGGGCUGGUGCAGGGGCUGUCUGAAUAAGUGUUAGGAGAGGGUGCUGAGAUAGUAUCGAAUGCGGCAAAGCUUGUCUGGUGUCAAUUCAUGAUUUUACAUCACUGUUUUAAUUGGUAUUUCGCGCUCUCUCAGGGGAUCUUCAUGCUGAUCUGCUGUACUUGUAGAUUCUAAUCCAUACGCGC